UGCCUAAAACGGUAAAACCCUCGGGACUAUUGGUUCUUUCCUAAUCAUCUCGCUGCAGCCUCCCCCGCCUCCUUCAUUCCGGAACCCAUGAAUUGGCGCAUAGCAACACUCCCAUUCUUCUGCACAUAAUCCACGAAUUGGCUCCUUCUGCUGCUUCACGCCUAGGCCCCUUCCUGCUGCUGCUCCGUUUGCUCCUAAACCUCGCCGCCGCUAAUCAAAGAAAUAUCACUGAAAAUGGCUAAGAAGCGAAAGAACAAUUCCAAAUCCACGGAACCUGAUGAACCCCCAAAAAAGCAGCAACAAAAACAAAAACAGAAACAAGAAAUUGUAGAACACGACAAUGAAGAAGAAGAGUAUGAGGAAUUUGAAGAAGAGGUAGAUGAGAUGGAAGAAGAGGGUGAUAAAGAAGAAGAUUACUCUCAGCUGAAUAGUCAGAAUUAUAUCUCAUCAGAUCUCAAUCAAGUUGGCGGCAGUGACUAUGACGAAGAAGAUGAACCCAUAGAGAACCUUCUUGAGCCAUUUGGCAAAGAACAACUUGCCAGUUUACUUCAAGAUGUAGCACAUAUUCAUCAGGAUGUUGCAGAUGAGAUACGGAGGAUGGCUGAUAAGGACCCAAUGCAUCGAAAGAUCUUUGUGCACGGCCUUGGCUGGGAUACCAACACUGAGACCCUCAUGAAUGCCUUUAAGCCCUAUGGCGAGAUUGAGGAGUGCAAGGCAGUGUGUGAUAAGGUAUCAGGUAAAUCCAAAGGCUAUGGGUUUGUCCUUUUUAGGAAGCGAAGUGGGGCUCGCAAAGCCCUCAAGCAACCUCAGAAGAAGAUUGGCAAUCGGAUGACUGCCUGCCAGCUCGCUUCUAUCGGCCCCGUUCCAGCAGUUGGGGCAGCAGCCCCUGCGCAACAAGGGUCCGAGUAUAAUCAGAGGAAGAUUUAUGUGAGCAAUGUCGGGUCUGAUGUGGAUCCACAAAAGCUGACUACCUUCUUUUCCAAGUAUGGAGAGAUUGAGGAAGGUCCACUUGGACUAGACAAGGCCACUGGUAAGCCCAAGGGAUUCUGUUUGUUUGUGUACAGGACCAUUACGAGUGCCAAGAAGGCACUUGAAGAGCCACACAAGAACUUCGAGGGUCACAUUAUUCAUUGCCAAAAAGCCAUUGAUGGGCCUAAACCUGGGAAAAAUGUGCAGCAGAAACAGCAGCACAAUGUGCAGAACUCUCAUUUUCAGAGGAAUGACAAUCCUGCCUAUGUUGGUGGAACUGUUCCAGGGCCAGCCCACCUGAUGGCACCUUCAGCUCGACCUGGAACUGGUUUUAACCAGGGUGCAGGAUCUGCAGCUGCGCCUGCUUUGAACCCUGCACUUGGACAGGCACUGACGGCCUUGCUUGCGACUCAGGGUGCUGGAUUUGGCCUCACUAAUCUAUUAGGAACUCUGGGCUCUGCUGCUUCUGUUAGCCAGGUUGGUGUGCCUGUUGCAGCACCUGGAAUGCAGGGUGUCUAUGGUAACCCAACAAGUAUAAGCCCUGGUGUGAUUGGAUCUUAUGGGAAUCAGGGUGUGAUGCAGGGUGGGUACACAAAUCAGCAGCUGGGACAGGGUAGUUCUGGAAAAGGGCAGCAUGGUCUUGGGCAAUAUGGUGGUGUUGCGCCUUACAUGGGUCAGUAGAUAUCUUAUAUUUUAGAUCUCUUAUAGGUGCAUCAGUCUUUUAAGUUAUGGCCUGCAGAUUCUUCUGAAGUUUAUGGAGCUUGUGCAAAUGAAGUCUUUAUAAAUAUAAUUUCUAGAAAGCCUCUCUUAAAACUUCUUUAUAAAUAUGAUUACUAGAAAGCCUCUCUUAAAAUGUCUUUGUUUUCUCUGCUUAGCUUUGUUCCUUCUGCAGGUUUUAUUCGUCAUUUAAAAACAAUGUAUUUUCAGUUUCAGUAUUUAGUUUAAAAGCUUUGGAAACAAUUUAAUUGCUACUUUCAUGGAAUAUUUAUAUGGUGUGAAGUGAAUAUGAUUGGGCAAAAGUACUUUACCUGGUUUUCAGUAGUGCAAUGCACUUCUUUCUGUUUUUUUUUUUUUUUUUGACCUUUUAUUUUUGAACUCUUGCAUCAUAUUUGAUUUUAUUGCUUGCAGUGGUAAAUUUUAUGACCUUAUUUUUCUUUUUUCUCCAUAUUGUUUUACUGGUUUUGCAACUUGCACUAUAAUUUCUAAACUGGAAAUGUAAUUUAUUCCACAAGUUACUUGGUGAUUAUUCACAAUGCUUAUUUUAGAUGAAAUUUGAAAACCAUGCAUUAUGUUUUGUUCCAGUCUUUGUCAUCUGUAACCAUACAACUCAGGUUGCUCAUGAAGUUUUGAUUCCAGAGUUAUGAUGCCGGUUGAGCAACAAUUUUGCGUUAAAUUGCAGUAUACAGUUUGAAGUCAACCAUCUAAAUUUUUAAAAAUUAUUCUCCAUUCAUGGUAAUCAUUAAAAAUUGUCUUUGUAUUUGAUAACUUUUUCUCUCCCUGGUACCAAGUUUCUUCAGAAGCAGAGUUAAAGCUCAAGAUUCGACUUUAUGCAAUAUUGUUUGCUUGAAGGUGUCUUUCUAAAAUAA